AUGCGCGAGGUUAUCUCAAUCCACGUCGGACAAGCCGGAGUUCAAAUCGGAAACGCUUGCUGGGAACUCUACUGUCUCGAACAUGGAAUCCAACCCGAUGGAACCAUGCCAAGCGAUCAACAAGCCGAAGGCGAAUCCUUCACCACCUUCUUCUCCGACACCGGAAACGGCCGUUACGUUCCAAGAUCGAUUUUCGUCGAUUUGGAACCAACUGUCGUCGAUGAGAUUCGCACCGGAACCUACAAGAAACUUUUCCAUCCAGAACAAAUGAUCACCGGCAAAGAAGAUGCUGCCAAUAAUUAUGCUCGUGGACAUUAUACUGUUGGAAAAGAGUUGAUCGACACAGUUCUUGAUAGAAUCCGUAGAUUGGCUGAUAAUUGCAGUGGACUUCAAGGAUUCUUUGUCUUCCAUUCAUUCGGUGGAGGAACUGGAUCUGGAUUCACCUCUCUUCUCAUGGAAAGACUUUCUGUUGAUUAUGGAAAGAAAUCGAAACUCGAAUUCUCGAUCUACCCAGCUCCACAAGUUUCCACCGCUGUUGUUGAGCCAUACAACUCGAUUUUGACUACUCACACCACUUUGGAGCAUUCGGAUUGUGCUUUCAUGGUUGAUAACGAGGCAAUCUAUGAUAUUUGCCGCCGUAACUUGAGUGUUGACCGACCAAGUUAUACCAAUUUGAAUCGUAUCAUCUCACAAGUCGUUUCAUCGAUCACCGCAUCUCUUCGUUUCGAUGGAGCACUCAAUGUUGAUUUGAACGAAUUCCAGACCAACUUGGUUCCAUAUCCAAGAAUUCAUUUCCCAUUGGCCGCUUAUACUCCAUUGAUCUCGGCUGAUAAGGUAAUUUUUUUUUGACGGAAUAGAAAGAUAAUAGCUAAAAUUUUCGGGCUAAUAUUGUCAAAUCACUGCUUCGUCCUCCCAUUCUCAUUAAAAAAUAUCCCGAAAUUUGCAGGCUUACCACGAGGCUCUUUCCGUCAACGACAUCACCAACAGCUGUUUCGAGCCAGCCAAUCAAAUGGUCAAAUGUGAUCCACGUCACGGAAAAUACAUGGCUGUUUGCCUUUUGUACCGUGGAGAUGUUGUUCCAAAAGACGUCAACACCGCUAUCGCCGCCAUCAAAACCAAGCGCACAAUUCAAUUUGUCGACUGGUGUCCGACUGGUUUCAAGGUUGGAAUCAACUAUCAACCACCAACUGUUGUUCCAGGAGGUGAUUUGGCUAAAGUUCCAAGAGCUGUUUGUAUGUUGUCGAAUACAACAGCUAUUGCUGAGGCUUGGUCAAGACUUGACUACAAAUUCGAUUUGAUGUAUGCUAAGAGAGCUUUCGUUCACUGGUGAGUUGCGGGUAAAAUUGAGGGAAGAUGAGUUCUGGAAAUGCCUAGAAACCAGAAAAAUAUGAUUUCGGUGGAAUAGAACAUUGUCGAAAAUCUCAAAUUUUAAUGAACAAUUUUGUUCAAAAAAUCCCUAAUUUCAAUAGAGAAAUCAUACAAACUGAGAUUAUUAACCAGGAAAAUGCAAAAUGUCUCAAAUCCCUCAAAAAAACUAAAUUUUUCCAGGUACGUCGGAGAAGGAAUGGAAGAAGGAGAAUUCAGCGAGGCUCGUGAAGACUUGGCCGCCCUCGAAAAGGACUACGAAGAGGUUGGAGCUGAUUCUAACGAGGCUGGAGCCGAAGAUGGCGAAGAAUAUUAA